CACACCAUUCAAUCUCAGUCUCUCAUUCAAAAUAUAUAAAGACCUUUGCUUCUUCUCUUCCCCUGUGUCCUGCUAAAUUCAAUUUCUGCUCACAUGGGUAGGCUCAAUCCUAUACUUGUUUGGUCGCUUUGCCUUAGUUUGUGCCUCUUUCUCUGUCCCACAUCGGCGCAGCUAAAAACAAACUUCUAUGCCAACGUCUGCCCCAACGUCGAAAACAUUGUAAAAAAUGUUGUCACUCAGAAAUUUCAACAAACAUUUGUCACAGUCCCAGCAACCAUCCGUCUCUUUUUUCAUGAUUGCUUUGUCCAGGGUUGUGAUGCUUCGGUUUUAGUUGCUUCCACUGGAAACAACAAAGCAGAGAAGGAUCAUCCAGAUAAUCUGUCAUUAGCUGGAGAUGGUUUUGAUACAGUGAUCAAAGCCAAAGCAGCAGUUGAUGCAGUUCCUCAGUGCAAAAACAAAGUCUCUUGUGCUGAUAUUCUUGCCUUGGCCACCAGAGAUGUCAUUGUUCUGUCUGGUGGACCUUCGUAUGCUGUUGAGUUGGGGAGAUUGGACGGACUAAGUUCAAGUUCUAAAAAUGUAGAUGGGAACCUCCCCAAGCCAACCUUCAAUUUGAACCAGCUCAAUUCCAUGUUUGCUGCCCAUGGGUUGUCCCAGGCUGACAUGGUCGCUCUUUCAGCGGCGCACACCGUUGGAUUCUCUCAUUGCGACAGGUUUUCCAAUCGGAUUUACAGCUUCAGCGCAGGGAACCCAGUGGACCCCAGUCUGAACAAAACGUAUGCAACUCAACUCCAACAGAUGUGUCCAAAAAAUGUGGACCCCGACAUAGCCAUCAACAUGGACCCAAACACGCCCAGAACCUUUGACAAUGUCUAUUUCAAGAAUCUUGAACUUGGGCAAGGCCUUUUUACCUCAGACCAGGUCCUUUUCACGGACGCAAGGUCUCAGCCCACGGUAAAAACCUGGGCCAAAGACAACGCUGCUUUUCAACAGGCUUUUAUUACCGCGAUGACCAAGCUGGGCCGGGUCGGAGUCAAGACCGGUAGUAAAGGAAACAUUCGUAGCGAUUGUAGUGUUCUUAACUAAGAGGGAAAUUUUUGGGUUUUUUUUAAAAAAAUUGAAGGUCAAACUGAAUGUUGACUAAAAUUCAGCUUCGGUUUUUAUUUGUUAAAAAAAAAAAGAAGAAAUUAAAAUAGGAUAGGAUGGCAAAAUUCAGCUUCGGGUUUUCUCUAUUUUGUUUUUUAAUUCCAAUCAUUUUAUUUUAUUUAGCUGGCGGUAUAUGUAAUAAUGGUUAGGAUGGCAAGAUGUCAAUCUGCAAUAUUAGUGAGACAACUGGACUUGAGAGCCCCAUUCAAUUUGUUCAAUAAUUUCCAGAUUCUCGUUAUAAAUUAAUUUGCACAAAGAAGACUUUUGACUGUGUCUUGUGCAUUGUUUUAUAAGUCUUUCUUUUGUGGUCAUGUAGAGCCCAACGCUGAGUCAUUUGAAGGAGAUUUGAUUUUUCA